UUUUAGUGUUUACUAAUAUUCGCAUUUGGCGUUGAUUCGUGUUGAUCGUUUAUUGGAUUUUUUUUCUAAAUAAUUCGAUUUCUUGGUCAUUACUACAAACUGGCGAACAAUCUAAUGACACGGCUAUACGUCCGGGCUAAAUUGCAUUAUUGUUCGCUAUAGUCAAUUAGUUUUGUAGGUUUACAAUCGGUUAGCUGGCUGUCGUCAUGUCUGAAACACAUAGCAAUAACGAACUUGACGAAAGUGAAAUCGAACAGAGCGAACACAAAAACUAUGACAAUUGGAGGAAAAACGCCAAACUGCCGCCGAUCGACACUACGUCCGGAUCGAGUUCAAACACUGAGAAAUCUAACACUUCGGUUAAAGAAAGAACAAAGAAAAAAAAAUCCAUUUUGAAUAAUCAAAGGCGCCGAGUCAACUCAAACAAUCGUGCCGCGAACAAUCCACCGAUGUCUUAUGCUCCGGUGCCUCCAUUUCCGAGAAAUUUGAACAAGUUGCCGAAAAGCGAUCGAGAAGCUAUCACAGCGAUGUUGAUGUCGUACUAUAUGACCGGAUACAACAACGGAUACUACAGUGGAAUUACCAAAGACAAUCUCAAUGACUGAACACAAACCGAACAGCUUCUUUUAAAACGUUUACGCAUCUUAACCGUUUGUCGUCGAAAACCCACCUUUUUCCAGCCGUUCUCACUUGCACAUACUUAUAUUUAAUUUUGUCAUUAACUCGCACGAUAUUCCUCCUAAUCAUUUUAACUGUUAAACUAAUCUUCAUGUAAUCUUUUUUUUUCCAUAACGUAAGAUAUAUUUUAUUAUUGCCAACUUAUAACACAAUAUAUUAGUAAAAAACUAUAUUACCAAUAUUAUACAUUACAAGCUGUGGAUCAACAGGGUCGUGUUAAUUCAAAAGGCUGCAACUCUAACUGAAAUUUUAUUAUAUAAUAUCUUAAGCUUUAAACUAUUGUUGUGUAUUUAUAUAUUCGUAUGUUCAUAAAGGAGACACACAAUUAAUAAACUUUUGACAUUUUCUUUAACUA